GAAGGCAAUAGUCAAAUGAAAAAAAGUUUUCCUGUUUACCUCAGCCAUCUACCGUCAAAAGAUACACUAACAACUAUACAGCUAUACUUGCAAUAUACUUGCAAUAACGACAGCUUUUUAACUAGUCUCUGCUCUCUGGUGGACAUGACUUCCAAAGGAAAUCCUCACCCAUUUGUUUAUUGGGCCCAAAAUACUUCACACGUUUUGUUACGUGUUGAUCUGAAAGACGUACAGGAACCUGAUGUACAGGUUAAUGAAAACCAUAUAAAGUUUGUAGCAACUGGUGUGGGUGCCAGAGGAACACAACUUUAUGAGUUUGAAUUGGAAUUAGGGGCUAAUAUAGUCCCUGUGUCUAGUCAGUAUAGAGUUACUGCCCGGCAGAUUGAUAUUAGUUUGAAAAAACAGAAUGAUGGAUGGUGGCCAAAGCUUACUGGAUCUAGUUUGAAACCCACUUGGCUUAAGAUUGAUUUUGAUAAAUGGAGAUCUGAAGAUGAUGAUGAAGCAGGAUUGGAUAUUUCUUCAAGCAAGUUGGAUGAGCUUGAUAGUGAAAAUGUUGUUGCUGAUCACAUGAGUUUUAAUUUAGAAAACUUAAGGAAGACAUACUUGUUUGUCUAUAAUUUAUGGCAAUUUGUUGGAUUUACAUACAUAUUUUCCAUGCUGGUGUUCAAAUAUUCAACACUGGGUUAUGAUUUUAUACCAGUUGCAUACCAAUCUGUUCAUUACCCUCUCAAAUUUUGUCAACUCAUGCAAGCAUUAGAGAUUUUUCAUCCCUUAUUUGGCUAUACUAAAGGAAGUGUUAUGGAGCCCACAGUGCAAGUUGGUGGAAGAUCCAUUAUACUAUUCUGCUUGAUUGAAGCUGAAAGCAGAAUUCAAGAUAAACCAGUCAUUUUCUACUUGAUACUAUGUUGGUCAAUCAUCGAGCUUUUCAGAUAUCCUUACUACAUGAUGAGAGUAUACGACAAAGAUUUCGGCAUAAUCACUUGGUUGCGAUACACAGUUUGGAUACCUCUUUACCCGCUUGGCUUCUUAUGUGAAGGAAUUGUUAUAUUGCGAAACAUUCCAUUCUUCGAGGAAACCGGAAAGUUCUCCGUAGGCUUGCCGAACAAGUGGAAUUUCUCAUUUCAUUUCCCUACAUUAAUGAGGAUGUAUCUUUUGUUUUUCUUUCUACCCGCCAUGUAUACCAUGAUGUCGUACAUGUCAAAACAGCGUCAAAAGAAGCUACAAGUAAGGGGUGACUCAAUCCCCUCUAGUAAAAUAAAAGUUAAUUAAAUAAUCAAGACUUUUUGUCUGUAAAAGUAAAUAAUCUGCAAAUAAAUUGUGUUGUAGUGCUUGGUAUUUGAAAAGCAGAAUUAAUACAAUUGGUAAUUCAUA